AUGGUUAGCAAUGUGGUAUAUGAUGGUACAGUGAAAGCAAGAAGAAAGGCGCUAGUAAGGUGUUGUGAGAUAUGGUAUACGAGACAAGAUAUACACUGGAAGCAAAUAUCUAGAUCUCUACAUACCAAGGAGAUGGACAAAAAUACAAGAUACUUCCACAAUAUUGCAUCAGCAAGAAGAAGGAAUAAUCGGAUUGAGUCUUUGGUGAUCAAUGAGAGGUUGUUGGAGAUAGAGGAAGCUCAAGCAUUGGAGGUGCUAUCGACGAAGGAGGAAGUAAAGGAGGCAGUGUGGGAUCGUAAAUCAUCUAAGGCUCCAGGCAGUGAUGGUUACAACAUGAACUUUAUAAAAAAGUGUUGGGAUGAGAUUGGAGUGGAAUUUACUAAAGCAGUGAUGAGCUUUUUUGAGACGGCAAGGUUACCAGCAGACUCCAAUGUUACUUGGGUAGCGUUGGCCCCGAAAUUUGUAGGCGCGAAGGAGAUAAAGGAUCUUAGACCAAUCAGUAUGGUGGGAUGCGUUUAUAAGGGUAGAAGGAUACAUGAUGGAGCGCUAAUAGCAUGUGAAACUGUAGAAUGGCUAAAACUGAAGAAGAAGGCAUUAACAAUUAUCAAAUUGGACUUCCAGAAAGCCUAUGACAGAGUCAAAUGGAACUUUAUUGAGAUUGUGCUAGAAAAGAUGGGGUUCGGUAUCAGAUGGAGGACAUGGAUUACAGAGUGCAUUAGGUCUGCAUCUAUUUCUAUUUUGGUCAACAGGUCACCUUUAAAACCAUUCAAGAUGGAAAGGGGACUUCGGCAAGGAGACUCAUUAUCACCAUUUCUGUUUGUUCUUGUUGUAGACGUGUUGAACAAGAUGAUUGGGAAAGCAGUAAGGAAUAGGAGAAUAUCUCCUCUUUUAGUUGGUAGGGAUAAUAUAGAGUUAUCACAUCUUCAAUUUGCUGAAGACACUAUAUUGUUCUGUCCACCAGAGGAGGAGACAGUGAGAAAUUACAAGAGGCUUCUGAGCCUGUAUAAUAUGCCAAUUGCGGUGGUGAAAAAAAUUAUUUCAUUACAAAGGAGGUUCUUUUGGGGGAAGGAUGAUGGACGACCUGGAUUGGCUUUGGUAAAGUGGGAGAUGAUACAGGCACCGAAGAAGCUAGGAGGGUUAGGAGUGGAAGAUGCGAUGUCUCUGCAGAGCAACAUUAACUCUUACAAUCCAGAUGUUCAAGCUGGUUCAGAGGUCAGUUGGUGUUGGACUGGUGCGGCUUCAAAGGUUUAUGAUGCUCAUAGUGGUUAUUUGUGGCUCAGUAAGAAGAUGUUUAGUUGGGAGGAUAGGGGUAAUUGGCUUUGGCUUUGGCGUCAACAUGUUCCGGAAAAGCACACAAAUUUUUGGCUUGGCUAUGUCUUCGGGAGGCUCUUCCUACUGCUGCAUUUCGUUUUAGGAGGGGCAUUUCGCACACGAAUAGCUGUUCACGAUGUUUCUCAGGUCAGGAAUCGGUAUUACAUUGUCUUCGAGAUUGUCCAAAAGCCCAACUUGUUUGACAAGCUUUAG